AUGGACAACGUCGAUCCUACGCCCGCCAUCCCCCACCGCACCCGCCAUCACCACAAUACCACCAGCCUCUACUCACGUCGUCGGUCCUUGCAAGGCCCGGCAGGCGUAGCUGGCUCGUCGUCCCAUCGAUCCUCCGACGUGCAGCCUGCCUCCCCCGAAGUCAUAUCCUCCCUCAUCAGCAGCCUCUCCGUCAUCUCCAAACCCGCCGAUCGUCACUUUGAAGGCCCUUCUCUCACGAGCCUCUCCCUCCCCAACUCGCCCCGAAACGCGAGCUUCGGUAGCUUCGGCGUCGACUACGGUGCCUAUUCCCAACCUUCCCUCGACGACCUGCGCGAGGAGAGCGUUCCCCUCGACGAGCUUGCCGCCAGCCCACCCGUCAUCCGAACUGCCAAGCCGCCCUCAGGCUUCUCCCCCCUCACCGCCCCGAAAUCCCCUUCCCGCGAAUCCAGCGGCGGGCUCAAGUCUAUUCUGCGAACCGGCUCCCGUCCUUCCUCCAAAGGAUCCCUCGGUUCUCGUGACGAUGCCCAGAGCAUAGGCAACCUUUCCAUAGAACGCGGUGUUGCUCCCGCCUCCGAAUCGACCCGAAGCCGGUCGCGCUCACGCGAUAGCUGGGGCAAGAAGCAGAGUAGGAGCAACAAGGGCCUCAUGUACAUGAGCUCCAAGGAAAGGCUACGCGAGAGAGAAUACGAAAAGAGGCGAGCCAGCAGCCAGUCAGACGAUUUUGUCGCGCCCCGUCCAGACCCCUUCCUCGCCGAAACCUCGAUUAGCGAAGAACCCGCCGCCGCCAGCGAGCCCUCCACUCGAGCAAACGCGCCGCCGACCGACGACUCCGCCAUGGAUGCCACCUCAGGCCCGCGGCCCAUUCCCGCCCGCGACUCGUCACUGCGCAAGUCAACCAACAGCGCCAAGCGGUCCUCCGCUCGUGGCGCCCGCGUGAAGAGAGAGAGCGAGACCGUCAAUGAGAAGAUACCCGAGGUUGAGGAGCGCGGCCACGCCAAAAGUAGCCAGAGGCAAAGCAAGCACGAGUCCUGGCGGCGGAUAUCGGACUCUGGCUCCCGCAGCAGGUCGGCUGACCUCGUCCGCGGCGAAGUUGACGAUGCCCAGCUGUCCUCGCACGCCGCUGCCACCACCACCACCACCACCACCACAACAACAACAGCCAGAGUCCCUCAAUCUCGAGAGGAGCUCGAGGAUAGCGCGCCCUUCCCCGCCGUGGCACAGGGACGGCGACGUGACGAACAUGGUGCGGAUAAAAGCAAGAGGAAGUCAGGACGACAGACCCCUGACCCUAGCGACGUGGUCCGCCCCAAGAGGAGCAGCUCUAGGCUAAAACGGCUCUCUGCGCCUCUGAGUCCUCGUCCCGACGGCGGAUCCGCCAACGCGCCGAACGAAGCAGCGACCGAACCCGAACGGGCAAGCACCAUACCCGCCGGCUACGAACGACCGCAGAGUGCCGACUCUAUCGACGACGCUGUCGAAUCAUACCUCUGCUCCCCACGCCUGUCCCAGAAAAUCAAGCACCCGCAGACGGGUAGAGUCAUCUCCUUCUCCGAGGUCGGCGAUUCCGAGGGCUCGGCCGUCUUCUGCUGCGUCGGCAUGGGCUUGACCCGGUACAUCACCGCGUUUUAUGAUGAACUGGCGUUUACCCUCAAGCUCCGCCUCAUCACACCGGAUAGACCAGGUGUAGGCGACAGCGAACCCUACGCAGACGGGACGGCCACGCCGCUCAGCUGGCCUGACGACGUGUAUGCCAUUUGCCAAGCCCUGAAGAUCACAAAGUUUUCCAUCCUUGCGCAUUCGGCCGGUGCCAUCUAUGCUCUUGCGACCGCGCUCCGAAUGCCGCAGCACAUUCGUGGUCGCAUCCACCUCCUCGCGCCUUGGAUUCCGCCUUCUCAGAUGAACGUCUUUGGUGGCUCCCAGACCCUCCCGCCGAGCAACGCCAUCCCGACAUCUCAACGCAUCCUCCGCGCCCUCCCGACCCCCUUCCUCAAAGCCGCCAAUAGUUCCUUCAUGACGGCAACGAGCAGUUCCAUCACCAGCUCCCUGCCGAAGACGCCUCGGCGUGGCAAGCGCAAAUCCACCCCGGCUACCGGCCGCGAUACACCGGCGCCUGCUAGGCGUGACGUGACGCCGAGCUUGGACAAGGAAAACAUUGGUCAGAUGGGAACACAUGCGAAGUCCCGGGAAGCAGAUGUCGGUCGCUCUCCGGCGCCGGACGCCAUGGAUCGGCUACGAUCGCACCCCUCGCAUUCGGCUCUCCAAGGCUCCGGCUCAGGCUCCGGCCCGCAGGGCACCCCGACGGACCCCGAAGCCACGAUCCUCGCCGCCGCCGCCAACGCCAUGGCCGACAAGGAGCGCCAGGUCACGUACGACACGCGGUUGACCCACGCCAUCUGGGACCUCGCGACCACGGGCGCCAACCCGGCCGUCGAUCUCCUCGUCUGCCUCGAGCGGCGGCACACGAUCGGGUUCCGGUAUGUCGACAUUACGCGGCCGGUUGUCAUUCAGCACGGCAGCCGGGACACGCGCGUCCCGGUCGACAACGUGCGGUGGCUGGGCAAGACUAUGCGGAGAUGCGAAGUGCGCGUCUUGGAAGGGGAGGGCCACGGCUUGAUGGCCAGUGCGACGGUCAUGGGCUCCGUGCUGAUGGAGAUUAGCAAGGAGUGGGAGGAUUGGAUGCGGGUGACGGGGCAUGGGGGGAAGAGGGAGGAGAGGGGUCGGCGGGCGACGCUUGUGAGGUGUGAGGUGAGAGGUGAGAGGUGA